AAGUGUUCUUUGCCGAUUGUGUGGAGAGUUCCGGUUCGAUUGUUUAGAAAAGAGAAAACGAGCCAGGUUGAAUUGAGAUCGUUAACAUCUUCAUCUCAAGGUUGGAUUCGGGUCGAGAACGAGUCACGUGUGGACGCGUCUUUCUCACUCAGGCGACCAGGUCGACACACGCUGAGAGAAGAAAAUCUUCAAGUGGUGAUGGUUAAAGAAGAAGCUCCUGAACAUCAGAGUCCUGGUAUGGACCAGCAGGACCCAGAACACCUCCAAAUAAAGGAGGAACAGGAGGAACUCUGUAUCAGUCUGGAGGGAGAGCAGCUCCAUUUGAAGGAGGAGACUGAUGCCUCCAGGUUUUCAUUCACUGCAGCUUCUAUAAAGAGUGAGGAUGAUGAAGAGAAGCCUCUGUUCUCACAGCUUCAUCAGCAGCAAAUAGAAGACAGAGAUGUUUCAACCAGCAGCUCUGCUGACCAGAUGAAAGCAGAAACUGGCAGGAACCCAGGUCUGAAUCCUCAUGAACCUGAUUCUUCAGAAACUGAAGUUAGUGGAGAUGAAGAAGAGGAUGAUGAUGUGAAUCUAGACUCUGAACUGUCAGACUCAGAGCCAGAGACUGGAGAUGGAGACAACGACAGGAAUAAGAACAGGUCUGCGGAGUCGGAUGUUAAAACUGCAAACAAAUCCUUUAGCUGCAAUGAGUGUGGUAAACGAUAUUUGCACAAGCGGUCUCUCCAGAGACACGUGAAAGUGACGAGUCAUUCAGCAAUAAUAUCUUCAGGCUGUUUGAGUAAUAAGAAAUGUGUUGGAGUGAAGCAACAUGUAGACUCGUGCAGGGAAGUCCAGACAGAACAAAAAUCAUUUAGUUGUGAUGACCAUGGAAAAAGAUUUACCAGAAUAUCAAAUUUAAACACAAACAUGAGAGUCCACAACGGAGUGAAGCCUUUUGCUUGUGAGCACUGUAGGCAAAGAUUUAGCCAAAAGUCAGAUCUAAACACACACAAGAGGAUCCAUGCACGACCGAAUCCUUUUCCUUGUGACCACUGUGGACAAAGAUUUAGCUGCAAGUCAAAUUUAAACGCACACAUUAGAGUCCACACAGGAAUGAAGCCUUUUGUCUGUGAGAACUGUGGACAAAGAUUUAGACAAAAGGUUCAUUUAAACAGUCACAUGAGUGUCCACACUGGAGUGAAGCCUUUUCCUUGCAAACUCUGUGGAAAAAGAUUUAGCAGCAAGUCAAAUUUGAACACACACACUAGAGUCCACACAGGAGUGAAACCUUAUGCUUGUGAGCUCUGUGGACAAAGAUUUAGACAAAAGGCUAAUUUAAACAGUCACAUGAAUGUCCACACAGGGGUGAAGCCAUUUGCUUGUCAGUUCUGUAGUCAAAGAUUUAGUGAAAAGUCGAAUUUAAAAACACAUAUGAGGAUCCACACAGGAGUGAAGCCUUUUGCCUGUGAGCUCUGUGGACAAAGAUAUUGCCAAAAGAUAAGUUUAAACUUGCACAUGAGAGUUCACAUAGCGGUGAAGCCGUUUGCUUGUGAGCUCUGUGGACAAAGAUUUAGCGAAGAGUCAAAUUUAAAAACACAUAUGAGGAUCCACGCAGGUGCGAAGCCUUUUGUUUGUGAGCUCUGUGGACAAAGAUAUCGCCAAAAGACAAGUUUAAACUUGCACAUGAGAUUUCACACACGUGUGGACACUCAUGUGCAAGAUAAGCCUUUUAUUUGUGAACACUGUGGACAAAGAUUUAGCUUCAAGAAAAAUUUGAACGCACACAUGAUUCUCCACACACAGGGUUCGUACGGAUGCUUGAAAUCCUUGAAAAUGCUUGAAUUUUAAUAAGGUGUUUUCAAGGUAUGGAAAAUGCUUAAUUUUUGUAUUAAUUCCUUGAAAGUACUUGAAAAACAAAUUGCACAGUUUUGUAUUUAAAAUCAACCAAGGUAGUUUGGUAAAACCCUGUUAUUUUUGUUACCGUCAAAAACUAGAGCGCGAUCAUUUAAAGGGACUUUAUGGACUUUUGAAUUUUUGUGCUCGCGAUUGCCCCAUCAGGCCAAAAGUGUAACGGCAGCUUCAAUAGUGGGCUUGUGCACGAGGCGCGCAUGCUGUACGUGCACACUCCUUAACGAAAAAAACAGCUUAGACAGUCCCUUGUGUGUGUGGCCUGAAGGACAGAGGACAGGAGAACGUGCAGCUAAUUAAUUAAAUAAUUUGGUUCUGUACCUUUCUCUUCAGCACAGCCGACAAAGGUUUAAGAUGGGUCAGUCCUCCUGCAUGCUCAGAUCAUUCCCUUCCCUUGCUUGACAAAUUGUUCCAAAAUUAAAGUUGAACCCACAUCUUUUUCAUCUGUGAAUUCAAUGCCGUUCGGCGAGUCUCAAAUAAAAAUUUGGGCAUCUUACUUUAAAAAAUAUACCAUUAAUGUAAAAAAGAAACUAAAUGAACUAUGUCCACAUCCAGAAUUGAACCUGCAUGGGAGUCAGAUAUCUUAAAAGGUGAGCUACACUCUAGUAAUGUUUAUAGUAUCUGUAACUUUUAUAUCGUUGAUGACACCUGAAACAACGUCAAACCAAAGAACGGUUUGAAGCGAAAAUGGCUAUUUUGUUGCUAAUUUGCAGGAAAUAUCCAGAAGAAAGUUCUACAGAAAGUAGCUAAGAGUCCUCAGAAAUGUAGCUAGGUUCAUCACUAGGCGUUAAGAACAGCGACAAAGUUGCUGAGUUGGCGCUACCUCUCUCUCUGCUGCUAAAGCUACGGAUAGCAAAUGCUACGGGCUAUGCCUGAGCGUGAACGCGCAUGAAGCAGCCUGCUUGACCCGAGCAACUCUCUUUUUCUGUGAUUUUACAGAAAAACAGGGAAUCACAGUAAAAAUGCCAGGGCUCAUUCUACAGGACCAGGACAUUGCAGGAGAAUGUAUGAAGAAGACAUUUAUUAUUUCUAUACAUGUUUUGGCUGUCAAACUUCCUUACAGUCCCUUUAACCUUUAAUUAACAUGGUUGCUGCUGCUCCUUUCUAUAACUCUGGCGUGUUAGUAGCAGACUCCACCUACUAUAGAGACGAGCCGCUGGACCAGUGGUAAGAAAUAUCUUUGUACAAAAUUUUGGUGCUUUCCCAAUCAGAAGUGCCUGUUAUGAGCAGCAAAGCCCAGCUCCUCCCACUGCUGCAGACGUAGGCUGCUCUUUCUCUCGCAAAAGUCUACAAAACAUCUCUGGGUUUGUGGAGUCGGACUAAUAAUAACACCAAAAAAAAAAAAGUUUUGGCUGCAUCUUGUGAAUAUAAACCUCAACAGAGGUAAAUAUAUAUACUUGGACAAAAUAGUUGGUACCCUUUGGCCAAUGAAAGAAAAGCCCACAAUGGUCACAGAACUAACUCGAGUCUGAAACUAAUGAUAAAUACAAAUUCUAUUUAGUUUAUCUAAUAAAAGUCAGACAUUGCUUUUCAACCAUGCUUCAACUGAAUUAUUUUAAAAAUCAACUCAUGGAACCGGCCUGGGCAAAAAUGCUGGUACCCCUAAGUUAAUAUUUUGUUAUACAACCUUUCGAGGCAAUCACUGCAUAAAAAAAAAUCCUGUAACUUUCAAAGAGACUUCUGCAGUAUUUUGGCCCUCUCCCCAUGAGCAAACUGCUCCAGUUAUCUCGGGUUUGAAGGGCGCCUUUUCCAGACGGCUUGUUUCAGCUCCUUCCAAAGAUGCUCAACGUGACUGAGGUCAGGGCUCAUUGGCCUUUUUUAAAAGACACACCAUGCUGUCAAAUCAGUGUAAUACUGCCACCAUGGUGUGUCUUAUGAACGUGCCGUGGGCGAUGUGGGAAUUUUGCAGCAUUUGUGCUGCCACCCUUGGUAGUCAUAUUGCUGCAACGUCGGACUUGUGAAUGCAUAUUCAAUUCAAUUCAAAAAUACUUUAUUAAUCCCAGAGGGAAAUUGAUUGCUGUAGUAGCUCAGAAUAAUAAUAAAAAUCAAGUCAUCAAAGAGUUAUUGUAUAUUACAAUGGCUGUUGGCAGCAGAGCCGGAUUAACGCAAAGGCAAAGUAGGCACGUGCCUAGGGCCUGAUUGGCUGGAUGGGGCCCAGACAGAGGAACAAAAUUAAAAAUAAAUAAAUUAAAAAUUAAAUGUACAAAUGUCCUAUGAUAGAAUUUGUAGCUAGGACUCCUAUCUACAAUUUGUUUCAAUAUUUAUUUAUUAACUAAAAAUAGUGACAAUGUUUAUCUUAACCAUAGACCGUUUCAAUGGCUACAGUCACAUUAAACCUCUGGGGACGAGUAUACGCGUCUUUUGAACAGGUCUUAUUUGGGACGCUGUAGCAGCAAGACUCCGCCUCACUGAGUUUCGGUUUCAAUUUGGCUUUAAAAAGGAGAUUAUAAACUACACCCCACUUUUUAAAUUUUGUUAAUAGGCAACGUAAAAGCGGAGUUAAACUAAACUAAAAAACGACCUAUUUUUAGACAAUCUGAUAACUUGUCAAAACAGCAGUUUAGUAAUCCGUGAGCGGGAAUGUGCUUGUGAACAUAAAAAACCCACACAAAAACAUGAGAUCCUUUUGCUGUUGGUAAAAAGUAUCAUGUUGUAGCUGAGAGAGAGAGGAAGGCUGCACGAGUAAUGAGAUGUGCGCAAAAAGGAGCCGCUUCGCGGGGAAAGGAGUGGCGCGAACGGAGUAACAACAAACAGACAGAUAUUGACGGUAAACUUCAUAUUGUGGAGCGAUCCGGACAGAUAUAUUGUCGCUGCAGUUUAGCAGGCUUUUACUAGGCUUUAAUAAAGGAUGAUGAGAAGGAUAAAUGUAAACCAGGCAGUUCAGAUAGUACAGCUGUUUUUGAACUGGAAGCAGAGGAAGUGGACGGAGACUCGCAGCCGGAGUCUGAGGCAAACAGCGAGGAUGUUGAUGACGAUGUGGCAGAUCCAUCCUUCCUCAUAGAAGAGUUGGGUCAUGAUGAGGUAGAGGAUGAAGGCAGAGAUCCAGCUCCUCGGAGAUCCAACAAGAGGAGUGGGCGGCGCCGCGCAGCUGUCAGAUCUCGGCGUGAGACAGAGCCACUCCCCACUCCAAAAUCCAUGUAUAUUAUUGCCAAAUUAAUAAAAUAAGUAUAAAUUCAGAUAGUCCAGGUUGUCCUGAAAAUAAUGAUACCCCAUAAGGCAAUAUUUAUUGUUUUUAUUAGAAAAUACAAAAGAAAAACCAAAAUGAGUCAAAAACGGUGAUUUACACUCUGGAUCCCAGAGGGCUAAUAAUUUUUUUAAAUUAGUUAUUUGCUAUAUUUAGUCAUAAUUUUUAUAAAUGUACAGUCUAGAUUACCAUUCUAAAUGAUAAAAACAUUCGUCAUAAAUGUUUGUUGGUUUCACAGUAAAAUAAACAACUUUUUUCCAAUUCAAAUUUUAUGUUUUUGAGUGAUUUAAGGUCUAAUAUGCAACCCCUUUAUGUCCAAAUAUACAAAAUAAGUAUAGAUUCAUAAAGUCCAGGUUGUGCUGAAAAGAUUGAUACCACAUAAGGCAGUGGUUAUGGUUUUUAUUUUGGAAAUAAUACAAAGGAAAACUCACGGCAAAUUACACCCUGGACCCCAGAGGGUUAAGGCACCACCCAAUGAAGGACGUCAGAGUCAGAGCGGGACACAACAAAGCUAGCAGGUGUUUUUGAGUAGGCUAACUUUCAAGAUGCUUUCGGGUGUGGCAAAACGUAAAAAAAAAAAGAAAAAAAAAGAAGAGGAACUAAAGAAGAGACAGCGGGGGGCUUUACAGAAGUUUCUGUCGGGCUGCUCGGGAAACCGUCCGACAGCUGUGAACCUGCUCGAGUCAGCAGAGCCAGAGGCCGGGCCCAAGUCCGACCCGGAGGAGACACGACCCGAAGACGUGGUGGAAGAUGCGGCGGAAGACGCUGUAGAGCCAACGCCGUCAACAUCAACGCCUUCACAGAAGGACAAACUGGAAGAACAGCAGCCAGAAGUGAGCCCAAUAUAGUCUUAUAGGAGCCUCAAGACCCAGAAAGGGUAUUAACAACUAGCUACCCAUCUGAUCCUGCAAAGUGGUACCAAACUGAUGACAGGAUGCGUGAGUACUUUGCACUAAACCAUCCCUCUCAAAAUACUGGAUAUUCUUCGGCAUCACAGAGGAAAUCUGGAGACAUGAACCGAAGCUUAACCAAGGAACAUUUCUUCAGACGUGUUUCUGCUGUGAUUGAGGCCUGUGUUGCUGGAAGGCUGAAGAUUAUUCAUUAGUGGAGCAUGCUAAAUGGUUUCCUUGGUAAGUGUUGCUGGUUUUAUUAAUUAUUUGUCAAAUAUUUUUUAUUAAUGUUCAAAUAGCAAAACAAUAAGUUCACACUCAGAAAAUUGACACAGAAUUUCUGAUUCAGCAGAGGCAAAAACAGCCUGAAUGAGCAUAAAGCAAGAUCAAAACUUAAGAUAAUGUUUUCAUUUUAUUAAAAUACUUUCUUUUAAGAUUAUAGAUUGUAUAAAAUUUAUACUGUAAUAAUUUAAGCUGUGUGUUUAUAGUUUGUUUUCGAGCCUUUAAAACAUGCUUCAGUCCAUUCAAAUGAAUCCAUUUAUUCUUGAAUGUCUUUCCACCAUCAUGUGAUUAAUUUGUCAUAAUUUAUAAAUGUUGUAAGCUAUUGUAUUUAGCAGAAAAUCUUUUUAAUUAAAUGUAGUGAUUAAAUAUAAACAGAGCAAAUAAGAGACACAUAUUUGCUCUGUUUACAUAGUUUAAUGACACCUAGUGGUUAUAUACUGGUACCGCCUUGACAAUGACACUUCCAAUCGAUAAGAUGAGGAUCAUUUAUUAGCAUUUAAUACAGCUGUGUAAUGACGUAUAAAUUAUUAAUAUUAAAAAUUUGUCUGAUAGAAUGUUUUACAUACAACACAUGACUUAUUUUGGCAUACAAACAACCAAUUUGUAACCAAAGACUAGGCUACGUAAAAUGUGAAUGAACUUUUAUAAGUAAAUUUGGUAAGUUUCAGAUUUCAAUUCAUUAAAUAACAUCGAUGGGGGGGGGGGCCUAAAAAUGCAGCCUGCCUAGUGUAGUCCAUUUAUUUAAUCCGGCUCUGGUUGGCAGGAAGGAUCUCCAGUAGCGGUCAGUUUUGCAGCGAAAAUGAAGAAGCCUCUGACUGAAGACACUCUUCCGUUGUCGGACAGUCUUGUGAAGAGAAUGCUCAGGGUUGUCCAUAAUUUUCUUGAUUCUCUGGAGAAUCCUUCUUUGCAUUCUCUCCUCCAGUGGUUCCACAGUCGUCCCCAGAACAGAACCAGCCUUUUUAUUAGGCUGUUGAGCCUUUUCAGGUCCCUGCUUCUGAUGCUGCUACCCCAACAGACGAUGGCUGAAGAGAUUACACUCUCAACAACAGACUUGUAGAAGAUCUGCAGCAUCUUGCUACAGACAUUGAAGGACCUAAGCGUCAUCAAGAAGUGCAGUCUGCUGUGUCCCUUCUUGUAAACGGCUUCGCUGUUCUUUCUCCGGUCCAAUCUGUUGUCCAGGUGAACUCCAAGGUAUUUGUAUUCCUCAACCACCUCCACUUCUUCUCCCAUGAUGGAAACAGUGUUUGACUCCACCCUGUUUCUUCUGAAGUCUAAAAUAUAUUACGCCCUGGAGUAACAAAGAGAGGCGACAUGAUCACAUGUGGAAUUAAUGCCGAGCUCCAGCUGGCUACAAUAUUGACCCAAAGCAAAUGUGGCGAUAAGUUUUGCUUUACUGGAGUGAUGAAGAGCUCUGGGAGCUGACAGAAGUAAUAAUAAAUAUGAAAUAUAACCAAUGAAAGUCAGACAUUGUUUUUUAAUCAUGCUUCAACAGAUUUUAAAAAACUCAUUAAACAGACAUGGACAAAAAAGAUGGUACCCCUACAAAAGACUGAAAAUAAUGUGACCAAAGGGACACGCUAAUUUAAGGUGUGUCCACUAAUUAGCAUCACAGGUGUGUAUAAUCUUGUAAUGAGUCAGUGGGCCUAUAGGGCUCUUUAGUCACUGUGUUGUUUGGUGUGAAAUGCCCACGGUCUUUUGACAUGUUUGGUUGUGUAUCCUCUGUAUUCUGGUGAAAUUAGUCAAACUGACAUCCAGGUCACAUGACGAGCAUUGAAACUUAAUUAAAUUUUUUCAAUCUCUA